CUCAUUCGUUCGUGAUGAAAUACUCAGUAACGCUGCGUUAUGCCCGUAUUCUCUCCGAGAUGUUUAACACUAAAAAAAUGACGACUUCUCGUAUGGCAGUAUUGAUUUUAAUAGCCUGUCUCUCAUCCAAAGCAAAUGGACAGGUUACGGGAAAUACAUUGUUCUUGGCUCACUACAGCUACCAUAAUUUUGGGACUUAUAUUGGUUGGCUUCCUGCAAGUCCUGAAUCCUACAAAAAUAAUCAGACGUUAGAUUAUCGUAAAUGGUAUUUCUCGAAUGUCCACUACUGGAACUCUAUAGCAGCUGACUAUCAUGCAGGAAAUGUUACGUUUCAUGAUACAAGAAACCACUGGAUUUACUUAAGCGAUGAUUUUGAAGCUCCUGGUGGUGGCGUUGCUCAUCCCAUUGAAAGUGGAACCUCCGGUAGAGUGUUGGGUAUGACAAUUGAUUGGUUGGCUCAAAAUGUGUAUUGGGUGGACGAGGGUUAUAACUGGAUCAAAAUGACAAAUUAUCUCAGAGGAGGACGCGAAGCUACGAUUGUUGAUACGGGCCUUGAAAGGCCGUCGGGAAUAGCUUGCCACCCUAUAAAAGGGUACCUAUUUUGGACCGAAUUGGGGAAUACGUAUCCCCCCAAAAUUGAAAGAUCUUCAAUGGCAGGUGCAAAUCGAACAACUAUUGUUACAGGGCUGAGUGACCCGAGGUCUAUAGCAGUAGAUAUCAUCACUAACAGGAUUUACUGGAUUGACAAUAGUGUAGCUGAAAGUAAAGUUGAAUCCUCCGAUCUUAAUGGUGACGGCAGGCGAACUGAAGUGUCACAACCAUCAUCUGAUGGUGUAUUUGACAGUAUUUCUGUUGAUGAAGAUUACAUAUUUGUGAGUAUUUAUAGCCUUACGUAUGAACAUAUCCUACGUUACUACAGCAAGUCCACCACGCCUAGUGGUAUAGUGUUUCAAUAUAUCUUUAGUAGUGGAAUUCGUGUUCUUGAUUUAUGCGUCACCGGUCCCAACAUCCAACCAAGGCCAACAACGUUACCGUGUGAUGUGCACACAUGUAGCCACCUUUGUGUAUCGGCUGCCGAGGGAAAACACGAGUGUGUCUGUAGUGAUAACUAUGUUUUAUAUCCAAAUGGAACAUGCAGUAUUGAUUUGAAUUUUUUGUAUCCUCCACUUUGCGUAAUAGGAAGGGCGGAAGCAAUUUCAGUGUUUAACCCUUCCCUGCUUCAUGCUGGUGUGGAUGGUAAACAGGAAUAUAUUCAUGACUUUCUUAGCAGAACUGAUGACAUAAUAACAGCAGUAGCAGUAGACACACACAGUAAUUUCUUGUUUUAUGCGGAAGACACACGAAAAUCAAUAUUUGUUGUAAGGCUUGAAGAUGACCAAUAUCCGAGAAUAAUUCAUACAUAUACAGGCGGUCGGGUUGAUGGUAUGGCUGUUGACUGGAUUUCGCUUAAAGUUUACUGGGUUGAUUAUCUUCAAGAUCGUCUAAGAGUUUCAUCCUAUGAUGGAAUGUCUACUUCAGUAAUGUUUUAUAACGUCGAUAGUCCAAGGGCUUUAGCAGUAGACUCAAAUGCAAGAUUGAUAUUUUGGACUGAGCAGUCUUCACCGACAAAACUUGUGAGUUGUAAUCUGGAUGGUACAAAUCGCCAUGAUCUAGUCAACACGAACUUGUUAAAUCCAUCAGGAAUCGCUCUUGAUCAUGCCCAAAGAAGGGUUUAUAUCGUUGGUGAAGAUAGUAUAUUUAUAUAUUCUGUUGACUAUGACGGAAUCGAGCAAGUUAAUAUUAUUGGCAUAAGUACUUACCCAGCUAAAGACAUCACUAUCUUUCAGGACUUCAUAAUAUUAGCAGAGUCAAACGUGCUACAGCCGGGACUCAUUGAAGCAAUACACAAGAUAUCUGGUAGUCAUGAAGGUCGUAUUAAAGUGAAUACUACAGUAUACGCUAUUGACACAUUUGAUGAGUCUACCCAACCUAUAGCUACACCGACCACAACACUAACGAUCACCACUACGUCACCUUUGAGCACAACAACGCAAACCACAGCGACUACAACACCAACGAUCACCACUACGUCACCCUUGAGCACUGCAAAACAAACCACAGCGACUACAACACCAACGAUCACCACUACGUCACCUUUGAGCACAACAACGCAAACCACAGCGACUACAACACCAACGAUCACCACUACGUCACCUUUGAGCACAACAAAGCAAACCACAGCGACUACAACACCAACGAUCACCACUACGUCACCUUUGAGCACAACAAAGCAAACCACAGCGACUACAACACCAACGAUCACCACUACGUCACCUUUGAGCACUACAAAGCAAACCACAGCGACUACAACACCAACGAUCACCAAUACGUCACCCUUUAGCACAGCAACGCAAACCACAGGACAUGCGACAUCGGUAGGGGCGAAUGCAACACAAGAGAUGCAAUCAGGAAAUGAUUAUAUCGUAAUCAUCGGUGGUGCUUUCGGCAGUAUUGCUUUAAUCGUUAUCAUCCUGCUUAUCAUCAUCAUCGUUUUGAUUAAAGAGCGGAAAAGACCACAGGAACCUAGAGAUUCUCAAGGACUUGCAUCUAACAUCGCGGACCAUUAUGCUACACAUUUACCUCAAGCACACAGUGGACAAGAUAACCACAUCUAUGAAUCACCUUAUGAUCUGAAACCAGAACCGCCAACGUAUGAAUCAUCCAUUAGAACUUAUGGAAGAAAUCAAGCAACCGGAGAAUCACCAUACGUUGUCACUAAGCUUGAUCAUCAAUUUGACAAUCCAAAUACUGUUGCGCUGUACUCAAAAUCUGAAUCAGUACCUGUCGCCGUCAAUACAUAUCCUUACGUGCAACAUGGUUUUCUUCCUCCACAAUACGCUCCUGAAGUCCAAACGGAUAUCUUGAAAUAAACAACACUGCGAGUUCAACUGGGGUUAACUCUCAGUGUUAACGCUUUUGCACCUAUUACAACAUGCUUAAAUCGUGGAGGAACAAUAAUAAAUAAAUAAACAUAGUACAAA